AUGGAGCCCACGAGAGACUACCCGCUGUUCGGGGGCGCCUUCUCCGCCACUCUGCCUCCGGGGGCCCUUGACGUAAGGUACCACUUUGAGGAUGUGGGCGGGAUGCAGGAGGCUAGGGCCCUGCAAGUGGACAGUGUGCAGUCCCUCCUUUCGGAGAACCUGGCUCUCCGGAGCUACUGUCAAGAAGCCUGGGUCCUCUCUGGCAAGCAGCAGGUAGCUAAAGAAAACCAUCAGCCCUGACAAUAGGUUAUCUCUUGGUCCUGAAAAUCUGUCACUUCUGCCCUGGAGUCUGGG